AUGUCAAAGAAGAAAAAUGUCAAUAAGGAAGUCAUAUCAGAACCAAACUGUGUGCAUGCUCUGAGGAGGAACGUUAUUCUUAAAGUUGUUUUAGUCCAUUGAAACGCUAACAGAUUAUUAUCUGAAUGUGCGACGAGACCAACCAAAGACCAACACUGAUUCCUGGCCUGACAACAUCCUUGAUGCCAAACUGAAUGUCAUCCGAAGUAGAAAAUCCGAGCUCUGACCUACCGCCGGAGUCAGCAGAAGAGCGAUGCACCGUGAGCCACGUGAGCGGGGAUCUGUUCUCCUGUCCCGAGGACGAGGCGCUGGCCCACUGCAUCAGUGAGGACUGCCGCAUGGGGGCAGGCAUCGCCGUUCUAUUCAAGAAGAAGUUCAACGGGGUGGAGGAACUGAAGGCACAGAAAAAAAUCCCAGGGCAAUGUGCUGUACUGAAAAGAGGCAGACGAUAUGUAUACUAUUUGAUCACAAAGAGCAAGGCCAGCCAAAAGCCAACGUAUGACAGCCUUAGACGCAGUCUGGUGGACAUGAAGACCCAGUGUACCUUGAACGGAGUCACCAGGAUAUCAAUGCCACGGAUUGGCUGUGGCCUCGAUCGACUGAAAUGGGAAAAGGUGUCUGAGAUGCUGGAACAGGUUUUCAAACACACUGAUAUCUGCAUCACAGUCUACAGCCUUCCUGAUAAUACCACAACAGUGAAACGACAUCUGUAGGCUGAACAAGGAAAGCUGUAUUCCAAACAUGGGGCGGAUUGAUGGUUGUUUUUGCUUGAUCCUGCGUUUCAGUGUUUCUUUUCCCACCUUGGGCGAACUUAUGCUAUGAAAUAAAGACAACAUUAUUGUUUUGGA